AUGUUGUCCUUCAUCAGCCGCAUUCGAAAGACCACCAAUCCGCCCACCGUAAAGAAGACGGAGAACCCUCUGCGCGUUGGGCUGCUGGGCGCGUCGCGCAUCGCCCCGGAUGCUAUCAUAAAGCCUGCCAGAUGCCAUGAAGACGUGCUAGUAACAGUGGUGGCUGCUCGCAACAAGAGUCGUGCGGAAGAGUACGCUCAUAAGUGGAGCAUCCCCAAAUUCUACGGUGGAGAAAGUGGGUACCAAGAUCUGCUUGACGACGCGGAGCUUGACGUUGUCUAUAUCGGUCUGCCGAAUGCUCUCCACUACGAGUGGACAAUGAAAGCCCUUAAUGCCGGAAAGCAUGUUAUGUGCGACAAGCCUAUCGCAGACAACGAGGAAGAGACGCGAAGGAUGUUCUCUCUGGCGGAGGAAAAGGGGUUGGUGCUUUUAGAGACCUGGCAACCUCAAUUCCAUCCUGCUAUUAAGAAGAUGAAGGAUAUCAUUGAUGAAGGAUCUCUAGGGGAGAUCACAAAGAUGUACGCUCAUUUUGGUCUCUGGGGAAAUGUAAUGUUCAAGAAGGACGACAUCCGAUACGACUACAAACUGGGAGGUGGUGCCUUAAUGGAUCUCGGUCCGUACCCGAUCAACUACAUGCGUUUCCUAUCCGCUUCAGAACCGACUGUCCAAUCUGCGGAAGCUAUAUGUCGCUCGGAGAACGUCGAUCGCCGCAUGGAAACAGAACUGUUGUUUCGCGAUUCUAUUCCGGCCACUGUGAUUGUCGACUUGUCGUUAGACGGCUGGGGGCCCUUCAAGCUCCUCCCCCAGUGGGUGAAGAUCGCGUUGCGGGUCGAAUGUGAGAAGGGAUCCGUGGAGAUUUGGAACUAUCCCCUGCCCUCCUUAUGGCACUUGAUCACAGUUAGGACCCAGGACGGGAGGCGUUGCGUGGAGAAGGUCUACAAGCCUACGCAGGGCAAGGGGGAAGAAUGGUGGUCCGCGUAUCGCUAUCAACUGGAAUCGUUCGUGGACAAGCUCCGAGGGCGUAGCCCGGACGCGUGGAGGACCGCCGAGGACUCUAUCAAUGAGAUGCGUGUCAUCGAUGCUGUUUAUUCGAAGAGUGGCCUGGCUUUGCGCCCUACCUCCUCUUUUGGAGCCUAA